AUGGCUGCUCAGGCUUCUUAUGCACUGAGUGACUUCGUUAGAUUAGAAAAAAUCGGUGAAGGCACCUAUGGCGUGGUUUACAAAUGUAGAAACAAAAAGAAUAGCAAAUUAGCAGCCUUGAAGAAAAUUCGACUGGAGAAUGAAGAAGAAGGCGUGCCUAAGUUUGCCUCGCCCGCAUAUGCCUACAAAAGCUUGCAACAGGUUAUUAUGGAGCGCGGCCGAUUGUAUUUGGUUUUUGAGUACUUAAAUGUGGACCUAAAAAGGUAUUUGGAUGACCAUGGACGACAAAAUUUACUGGAUCCCAUGCUGGUUAAAAGUUUUAUGUACCAAAUGCUCCAAGGACUUUUAUUCUGCCACGCCAGACGUGUCAUUCAUCGGGACUUGAAGCCUCAAAAUGUGCUGGUUGAUGUUCCCAAUAAGAUCGUUAAACUAGCAGACUUUGGGCUAGCUAGAGCCUUUGGCGUCCCAGUUCGUGUUCUUACGCAUGAGGUAGUCACGCUUUGGUAUCGAGCCCCGGAAAUUCUACUCGGUGCACAACGCUACUCCUGUGCAGUCGACGUCUGGUCAAUGGGCUGUAUCUUUGCCGAGGUGGCAACCAAGGAAGCCCUCUUUCGCGGUGACUCGGAAAUUGAUCAGAUCUUCCGUAUCUUUCGUACCCUUGGUACGCCCUCGGAGGCGGUGUGGUCCGGUGUUACGAGCCUGCCGGAAUUCCAAAAGAAGACUUUCCCUUCCUGGCCAGAUGCGAAGCUGACUGAAAAUGAGAAGAUGCAGAAGACCAUGGGCAGCGCCGGACUGGAACUCCUCAAGGUAGGCAUUUUCGCUUGGAGCCAUGCACUUUUUUCAAUAUUGGCUUCUGUGUAA